AUGAUGCAAGUUUCCAAUUCAGGAAUGCUCUCGGAUCUCAAUAAUGCUCAUCUUCUUCCAGGAUCCUACACUCUGGCUCAAGCUGGAGGAAAGGUGUACCAUGCAAUACCUCUUGUUUCCGCAGAACGGUGGUCACCGACACCGCCGGCCUCUGGUACGACUGCAGGCACUGGAGCCACUUUGGUCUAUGCCACAAUGAAUCCCAUGAUGACCACCCCUACUGACGAAUUUGGAGCCCCUCGGUUUGUGUCUGGAACCCUCGGUGAGAUGCAUGCAAGCACACUACCCCUCUUCUCGUCAGCCAAUCUUCAUUCUCAAGAAACUCACAAUAGAACUGGAAGCCCCCCGAUCGCAUAUGUUACCCAUUCAGGACUUGCUGGUGAAGAUGGUAUUUGGAUGGGAAGUGAGGAUGGUCUAUUCGAUAAACAACAGGAGGUAGGCUUUGAUUUAAAUAAAACUCAUGCUUCGAUUGGGGAAGUGGAAAUUUUGGCAUAA